UUUUUCGAUCAGUUUACUACGAGACGUUGAGUGUUUGGGUCUUUUUCCAUAACGGUAUACUGGUGCGCUUUUUAUAGUUUGAUAUAAAAAAUAGUGAAUUUAUUUUUCUGUACUCAAUCACAAGGAGGUACUAAGAAAAAAAAAAAACAUUUUACACACUUUAACGGUGCAAAGGAUUCGUGUGUCCCUAUUGUGUGAUUGGAAGCCAUUAAAAUAGAAAAUUUAGCGGGAAAUUUAAAAAAGUGCCUUACCUUAAAAAAUUCACAAAAAAUAAUUCCUGUGUUUAAAAUAAUUUACUUUGUGUAGCACACAAUCGUGUAAGGAUAAUAACCACUGCCGACAUGUCUAAGAACGGAUAUAUUUUUGGCGCCCUACUGGUUUUGGUCUUUUCAUUUAAUGCAGCAGAUGCAAUCUUAAAAUGCUGGCGGUGUUCAACGGACGUCUCAAAUGGUGAAUUCUGCAAUGAUCCCUUCGAUCCGGAAUCCAUUUCGGAACAGCAACGCUAUUGGAGUUAUGUCAACUGUUCGUAUUCGGUUGGAGUUAAGUCAGUUAAUACACGGCCUGUCUGCAAGAAGCUAGUACAAGAAGUUUAUGGCAAGCAAGUUAUUUCCCGUUCAUGUUUCUAUGAGGACAUUGAUGAGCCAGCGGAUAGAUGUUCACGUGACACAACUUCAUCUUAUGUCCGAACGUUGUACUGCCGGACGUGUACCACCGAUGGCUGCAAUGGAUCCAGUGGAAUUCUACCAAUUGUGGCGUUGGUGCUUGCACCUAUUGCAUUAAUUAAAUUAAUAUUAAUCUAAAAAAAAA